AGUUACGAAGACACACAUACAGUGUCUGUUUGUCAACAAUCAACAACAAGCGUAAUCAGCCGCUGCGCAGACUUUCGGCUGUAGGUCCGAGGAUCGUGGUGCGUUGUCACCAGAUUAAUUCGCGAAACCAGUUCGGUUGGAGGGAUGGCGAAACGUUACUGCAUUAUUGGUGCCGGCACAUCGGGCGUGUGUGCCGCCAAGACGGUUCUAGAAGCCGGCGGUCAGGUGACGAUAUACGAGAGAACAGACCAAAUUGGUGGUACCUGGGUGUACACCGACGACGUCGGCACCGAUCGGUAUGGAUUACCAGUGCACACCAGCAUGUACCAGGGUUUAAAAACGAAUCUUCCCAAGGAAAUAAUGGGGUUCCCGGGGUUCGAGAUGCCACCGCAGGAUGCUUCGUACGUUCGGGCGGAUGAGGUGCUCAGUUUCAUUCGAGACUACUCCAAUCACUACGGUGUCACGGAGCACAUUCAAUUUGAGCAUUUGGUAGAAGAGGUGAAACCAGAUCCAUCGUCUGACCAAGGCCGCUGGAGCGUGAAAGUACGAAACCUACGAGAAGCGUCCAGCCGCGAGGAGUAUUUUGAUUUUGUGCUCGUUUGCAAUGGACACUAUCACACGCCGCACAUUCCAUUGUACCCAGGACGGGAAGAAUUUCUGGGUCGCCAGCUGCAUAGCCACGAUUAUCGAAAGGCGGACGUGUUCAAGGAUCAUUUCGUACUGGUCAUCGGUGCGGGUCCAAGCGGAACGGAUCUUACCUUGGAAGCAGCACGGCUAGCGAAAACGGUUUAUUUCAGCCACCACGUUCCAGAUAAGCUGAAGCAUCUCGUGUUCCCGGCGAACGUCAUUCAGGUACCGGAUGUGGUACGAAUCGGUGCGCAAUCCGUCGAGUUUGGCAACGGUGCAACCUUUCCGGUAACACUCAUCUUCUACUGUACCGGAUUUCGCUACAGUUUCCCCUUUCUGGGGGAAGAAUGCGGCAUCACGGUCGAGGACAAUCAUGUUCAACCGCUGUACAAGCACUGGAUAAACAUCAACCAACCGACGAUGGCAUUCAUAGGGCUACCGUUUUACGUGUGUGCCACGCUCAUGUUCGAACUACAAACACGCUUCUGUGUGGCGUUCUACACUGGACGGUUGCCGAUGCCAACGCGCCAGGAAAUGGAACGAGACCAUGAGCGUGAAAUGUCGGAACGAUGGAACCGUGGUCUUAAGAAACGGCAGGCGCACAUGAUGGGAGCGGAAUUUCAAGGGCAGUACUAUCGUUCGUUGGCCGAACGAGCUCAGCUGGUUCCGAUACCAGAAGUCAUGACGAAAAUCCAUAUUGACAGUAGUCGCCGCAAGAAGGAAGAUCUGGAACAGUACCGGGACGACGUGUAUCGAAUCGUGGAUGCCGACACCUUUGUCAAGUGUCACAUAACGGAACUGAAAUCUCUGGAGAAAGAGCUAGCGGAUAGAAGCUAGAAGGACUUUUUGCGUGAAUUUUAUUUCUUUACU